AUUUCCAUUUUUUCUUGAAUUGUAUCCAAACAGGCUGUUAGUGCAAUGCAGAAUAACGUUUUACACUCAAUAAAUUAAAAAAAAAAAAAAUAACACCCCUUCCUUGCUAACGGAAACCCAAUGGGUAACAGUUUCAUAUGCGGGUUUGGACUUUCUAGUUGGGCCCAAUAUCCUUAACAGGCUCUUUUCCAGUGGGCCUGGUUAACACCUUAAAAGAAAGAUCUAUUUGACGGCCAGCGACGCAAUCGGUAAAGAAUUCCCCGUACACGCGAAAUAAAAACCUACGCAGCCGCUCUUUUAAGUUUUAACUUUUAAGCCCGAUCACGAUCACGAUCACGAUCAGUUGCCGGGUUCUUCAAUUUCCCGCCGCCCCCGCCACCGCCACCACUACGGCGGCACUACCUCCAGCGUCUCUAGCUACCCCGCAUUGUUUGCUUACCGCCUCCUCCCCGUCGCCGAUACAAGCUUGAAGGUGUCAAUCCUGCUCUCUUACUUUAACUAAUUCCGUUUCACGAAUUUGGGCUCUGUACGCUUUCAUGUCGGAUUUCCCUUUUCCCAGUCCCGGUAUUUCAAUAUCUCCGACGAAAGAUUCAAGUUUUCCGAGUCUUAAUGAAAUCCCUCAAUUGGGUUUUAUCGAUGAUACGGUAGAGAGGGUUUUGGUCGGCCGAGAAACAAUUUUUCGUUUUGUUGCAACUUCUGCGAUUUAGGGGUUUAUGCAGAAUUAAGCGUUGUGGGUGUGUACUUGUUUCCGUUGUGUGUUUGACCAGGGAAUUGUCCAUCAUGGUGGAAGAUCAAGAUGCAGGGAUGUUCAAUGUCAAACAGACAAUCGGCACGGUGCUCUGCUGCAGAUGCGGCAUCAAAAUGCAGCCGAACGCGGCCAACAUGUGCGUGAGUUGCCUGCGAUCGGAGGUGGAUAUCACCGAGGGUUUACAGAAGCAUGUAGUUAUCUCCCACUGUCCAAACUGCGACCGCUACCUGCAGCCACCCAAGAACUGGCUCAAAGCCCAGUGGGAGUCAAAGGAGCUCCUCACGUUCUGCGUCAAGCGGAUGAAGAAUCUCAACAAGGUGACAUUGAUCAACGCCGAGUUCGUGUGGACCGAGCCACACUCCAAACGGAUCAAGGUCCGCCUGACAAUCCAGAAGGAGUGCCUCGAGAAAGCUUACGUUGUUGAGUACGUCCAGCAGGACCAUUUGUGCGAGUCUUGCUCGAGAGUCGCGGCCAAUCCGGACCAGUGGGUUGCAUCAGUGCAGCUCCGCCAGCAUGUUUCUCAUCGCAGGACCUUCUUCUACCUCGAGCAGCUGAUACUGAAGCACGAUGCUGCUUCCAAGGCUAUCAAGAUCAAGCAGAUGCAUCAGGGCAUCGACUUUUUCUUUGGGAACCGUAGUCAUGCUGUGAAAUUCAUGGAAUUUCUAAGGAGCGUUGUCCCGACCAAGAGUCGUGAUGAUAAGCAGCUGGUUUCUCACGAUGUCAAGAGCAGUAAUUACAACUACAAGUACACUUUCUCGGUCCAGAUCAGCCCGGUUUGUCGCGAGGAUUUGAUUUGCUUGCCUCGGAGGCUUUCUUCCAGCUUGGGCAACAUUGGGCCUCUUGUUGUCUGCACCAAGGUGACCAAUAGCAUUGCGCUGCUCGAUCCUUUCACAUUGAGACACUGCCAUCUGGACUCUGAUCAGUAUUGGAGGCAUGGUUUCAAGUCCUUGAUGAUCAGUAGGCAGCUAGUGGAGUACAUUGUGCUGAAUAUUGAAAUCACCUCGCCACCAAUGGAGGCGAAAAUCGGUGGUGCCAGGUACCUAUUGGCCGAUGCAGAGGUGGCUCGAUUGUCUGAUUUAGGCCGCAACAACAACAUCUUCUCCGUGAAGACUCAUCUGGGACAUCUCCUGAACACGGGCGAUCAUGCCCUUGGUUAUGACCUCUGUGCAGCGAAUAGCAACAAUAGCGAGCUGGAGAAGUACAAGAGUAGUCUCGAGGUGCCGGAGGUGGUCCUGAUAAAGAAGAGCUACGAAGAGGCGUGGCAGAGGAAACGAGGGAAGCCACGGAAGUACAAGCUCAAGCACCUGGAGAUGGAAGUUGAAGACAGAGCCAGGGUCGACGAAGAGAAGGAGAGGUCGGAUUACGAGCAGUUCCAGAGGGAUAUCGAGGAGAAUCCCGAGCUGCGGUUCAAUCUGUCUCUGUACCGUAACAAGGAGUACCAGGAGGAGUCAGAGGCCGGCUCAAUGGCUGAUGAUGCUGCUGGCUGCAGCUCCGUUGGAGGAGCUGCUUGCUGACCUUGUGUUGCUUGAUGAGAGGUGAUGAGGAGGACGAUGAUUUUAUUUUUUGUAUGAAGUAUCCGAAAACCGUUUAUAGAAACCAUUUAUAAAAACCGACCUCUUUU